CCCAGAAUCUCCCCCUCUCUCCUGCCUGACUCAGUCUGUGGAAGAGAGAAAGGGACACAGGCUGUGAAGAGACAGCCAGGAAUGCCGGGAGACUGUCUGUAAAGAAAGACCCUAAGGAAUGCUGGGAUAGCGAUACCAGUAGUCAGCUAUACUGAGACAAAUAUUGGGAAUACAAAGGGACUGACUGGAGUUCUUGAAUUCUGUGACACAAGGACAAAUGCAGAGUGACUGCUUGGAAUAACACAAAAUAAAUAUGAAUUCAACCUGAUAUCCUGUAAUAUUUUGAAACAAUAAGUGUGUGGACUACAGACUGAAGCAAGGAUAUCAAGAGACCUACAAGAACAGUGUUUAGCCAGCAGAAAAAUAGAGACAGUUGAGAACAGAGUGAUUGGAAUAGUGAGAGGGCAGAGUAACAGUCUGGUAUACAGGGAAACUGCCAGUAAUACAGUUACUGGCUGGAAAACCAAGAGACAGAAAUACAGUGACUACCUAAAAGGCAGCCAGGAGUAAUUUGCUGCCAAUCUCGGAUUUAGCGAAUCUGGCAAGGAUUUAGAACAGAACUAGGACCUCAAAGAAGAAAGUGAGGCAAAGAUUUGGAGAAAUUAUCUGACACCAAGCCAAGGAGACUAAGACUGCCAAGGAUACCAAAAGAGAAAAAAGAUAAUGAGAAACACCAGUAUGAAGAGACAGUGAGAGACUGGCAGACAAAGAGUCAGUGGCAGAAAAACUGACUGACAUAUCUAGCCUGGGUACAUAUAAGGUUUAAUAAAAGUGUUGCCUGGUAAAAGAUGCCCGGUAUAAAGUAACAGAGAGAGAGAGACUUAUUUGAGGGGUAUCCAAUAAUCAUCUGGGGACUGGAUUUGCCAGUGGAGUGGGAUUACCUGUGAAUCAGUGGUAAACGGUGGGAUUACAAGUGAAUCCCGUACAACAGGAACAAUGAACUAUCUGAAUGUGUUGGCCAAAGCUCUGUACGAUAAUGUGGCAGAGUCUCCAGAUGAACUCUCUUUUCGGAAGGGGGAUAUCAUGACAGUGCUAGAAAGGAACACCCAAGGUCUUGAUGGAUGGUGGCUGUGCUCUCUUCAUGGGAGACAAGGCAUUGUACCCGGAAACCGGCUUAAAAUCCUGGUUGGGAUGUAUGAUAAAAAACAAGGAGGUGGUGAUCAAAGUCAACAGAAACCUCAGCCACAACCUCAGCAACAGCCACCCCAAACUACACAACCUUAUAACCAAGGCGUGUACAAUGUCCUUUCUACAUCAAACCAGUAUAUCCAUAUGCAUUCUGCUUACCAGAGCCAGGGCGGAGACAAUGUGUACCUAGUUCCAGCACAACCUAAAGGACAACAGGGGCUUUAUCAAUCCCCCCAAACGCCACAACAUCCAGGGCAAACUACCCCAUCAAAACAACCUAUAUUAUACCAAAACCAACCAAAGUUUCCAAGCCAAGUUCAAGACAUAUACCAAGUUCCACCAUCUAUGAACCCUUCACAGGAGCUUUAUCAGGUUCCGGUUAGUAUCACAAGUUCACCUCAACCUCAGGAUGUUUAUCAAGUUCCACCAUCUGUUGGAACUGGACAUGACAUUUAUCAGAUCCCACCAUCAAUGACUCAAACACAGGAGAUAUAUCAAGUACCACCAUCCAUGGAUGCAAGAAGCUGUGAUACCAGGAAACUGCCAGGAAAGGUUGUUCUUCCUACCCGCGUUGGACAAGUCUAUGUGUACGAUUCACACAAGACAGAUCAGCUGGAGGAGUAUGACGUACCCAGGCACCAACUCCCAGCUGGAUCCCAGGAGAUCUAUGACGUUCCCACUCGGUGCUUAGUAAACAAUUACAGCCCUGAGGUGUAUGAUAUCCCACCAAUGGCAGUGAAAGGACCCGUCAGCAGAGACCAUACACAAGAGAUCUAUGACAUCCCACCGAGCUUGGAAAAAUCCCUACAUGAACAGCUGAAUGCUCAGUUAACGAUUUAUGAUAUUCCGCCAUCUGUGAGUAAAGAUGUUGAUGUGCCCACAAGGGAAGAUACCUAUGAUUUCCCACCAGCUUUCUCAAAUCAAAGGAUGCAGGCUCCAACUCAGAAUUCCAUACACAUUGUCCAUGACCCUGAACCUUAUAUCCCUGAGGACAUUUAUGACAUUCCCCCAUCAGCAGUUAAAGGUGGUGAAAUGCCCUAUUCACAAGAGAUAUAUGAUGUUCCUCCAAGCCUUAGAAAACCAGCUGGGCAUACAUUCAUCCAGGAUGUUUAUGAUGUUCCAAGAGAGUUUCAUGGAGGCAAUGCAACCCUCGAAAACGAUGCAGAUUAUAUAUAUGAUGUUCCUCCCCAAGUUGACAGGGAAGUUAAAUCUAUUGAAGAGCAAGUAGGAAACUUUAAGAGACUAUCUGCUUCCAGUACUGGCAGCACAAAAAGCAACAUAUCUACAUCAUCACUUGAUACCAUCCCAGUGAAGGAAUCUUCUGUUGUUCCACCAAAGCCUGCCUGGAGAGAGUUAAACCUGGACUUAGAGGCAGCCAUGGAAUUAUUGGUUAAACUGCAGCAUGGUGUUAAUAGCUCUAUUUUAUAUCUGAUGUCCUUCAUCAGCAGCACCUGGAGGAGCCGUGAACAAAUGGAAGCCAAUGUUCAGAGCAUCCAAUCUGCAGCUGAAGGUGUUAAAAGUGCAGUGAAAGAAUUACUGGAGUUUGCAAGAGGAGCCGUAGGAAACUCUGCACAGGCAUCUGACCGCUCUCUUCAUGCAAAGCUUAGCAAGCAACUUCAGAAGAUGGAGGAUGUAUACCAUCAACUGCUUAAGCACAGUCUAGCACUGGAUAGCUGCAACUGGUCCUUGAACAUCCUGCUUGCAAACAAACCUGGCUCAUCAGAUGACCUUGAUCGCUUUGUUAUGUUUUCUAGGGGGAUUCCAGAUGAUACCAAACAGCUGGCAUCUUUCCUACAUGGAAAUGCCUCUUUACUAUUUAAAAGGACCAAGCAGAAUCUCCCUCUGAGUGAUUCUCAGAAUGGACAGGAGAAUAGCAAUAACUUAGCUAACAAUAACAAUAACUUGUCGGUCGGUCAAACAGGACACACAGAAAAAACUAAUAUUCAGUCCAGGCCUUUGCCGUCUCCUCCUAAAUUUAUAGCAGAGGAUUCACCUGAUGGCCAGUAUGAAAACAAUGAGAGCGGCUGGAUGGAAGACUAUGAUUAUGUCCAUUUGCAGGGGAAGGAAGAAUUUGAGAAAACUCAGAAGGAAUUGUUAGAAAAAGGAAACAUUAUACGACAAGGAAAAGGUCAUUUGGAGCAACAACAGCUCAAGCAGUUUGAACGUCUGGAAGAGGAAGUUGCACGGCCCAUAGAGAGUGACUUGUCAAACUGGACACCUCCUCAACACUACAUCCAAGUUAGGAGUGCACUAAGCAACGUUGAUCGACAACUACUCCUCUUCUACCAGGAGCAAUGCGAGGCUAACGUGACCACCCUGACCAACGCUAUUGAUGCCUUUUACAGCUCCAUCAGCAGUAACCAGCCUCCCAAAAUAUUUGUGGCUCACAGCAAGUUUGUUAUUCUUAGUGCCCACAAAUUGGUUUUCAUUGGGGACACUUUGUCACGCCAAGCCAAAGCUCAGGACAUCCGAAACAAGGUCACCCACUACAGCAACCUUUUAUGUGACAAGCUCAAGGAGAUAGUCCUUACUACGAAGACAGCAGCACUUCAGUAUCCAUCCCCCUCAGCAGCUAAAGAUAUGGUGGAUAGAGUUAAGGACCUCAGCAACAGCACCCAACAAUUUAGAAUGGUUUUGGGUCAAUUGGCUUCCAUGUGAUGGGACAUAAAGCUCAAUUGCCCAAUGACUGAGUGUGAUAGAGCAAAGAAACAUAAUACAAUAUCUCUUUAGAAACAAACUGGGCAAAAUAUUCACACAUAAGAUAUCGUUAUAUUGAACAGUGACUCUGUGACUUUUUCUUGGAAAAUGCACUACUCUAUACAUUCAUUUCAAAUGGAAUGUUGAACUGCAAGUAGUUUUCCAAUAUAACUGUAAAUAAUUCAAAUUCUUUGAAAAAAAUCAGAACACAUUCAUUCUGUCUCUUACAGAUGAGUAAACGGUGUACUGUUUGAUUUUUAGAUUGUCUCUUAUCAUUUGUUAUUUGUUAAAAUGGCAAUACCACAAAUGCUUACUCUACUGAAGAGAUAUGCUACAUAAAAAAUGAUUUAUGCCCUUU